GGCAUCAGUAGUUGCAUCUCUUUACAAUAGUCGCCCAGCUAUUGCUAGCUUAACGUUAAAGCUUACGUCUUUGUAUCUGAAGAUGGACAAGUUUGUAGUUCGACUUUCUAAAGGAGAAUCACCCAAAAAAUCAAGGAGCAAUGAAAAAGUCUACAAGCAAACUACUAUUGAAUCUUUACGGAGAGUGGUUGUGAUUGAGGAUAUCAUGCGCUACAAGUCCAUGUUGGAGUUGCCAGAGCAAACUAAAGACAAUCUACUGACAGCACUGACUGAGCUGAGCAAGAAGAUCCCAUCCAGAGAGGUGCUCAAGUCCACCAAAAUAGGUCACACGGUCAACAAAAUGCGAAAGCACCCAGACCCUGAGGUGAGUUCAAUAGCAGCGAAAGUUUACACAGACUGGAGGACGUUCAUUGAGGAGAAUUCCAAUAAGCCGUCUAUUGAAGUGCGCUCCGACAAACAAUCUGAAGGACUCCGGAGCAACGCUAGAAGACUAAUGUGUGAAGCCCUGGAGGUCAAGGAGGAAUCUGGUCUCAUAGACAACAUCGAGAGAGAGAUUUUUCAUCAGAGCUCCCGGUUAGUCAGCAGCUCAUACAGACGGACUGUCAGAGCGUUGGUGUUUGCCUUCAAACAUAACCCUGAAAUCAGAAGUCAAGUGAAGGACAGCACAUUAUCAGUCAACCAGCUGGUGUCUAAAUACAAGAAAUAACCGGUAACGACACAUUUGGAGCUCCACCACAGAUUGAAGACAAUGUUUUACUUGAAAAUUUUAUCUGAAUUUUUUAUAACAGUUUUUAUUUUUUUGUAUUGUUUUCUUGAUUUUAUAUGAAGAAAUUAUAAAAUUGUUUACAUUUGUGGCACAUAAGCAGGUUUUCACAGUAACACUUGGAACAACUACACUCUAUUCAGUUUUAGUUAAGCAUUAGCUAAGCAUUAGUUUGUGCUCAUCAGCUGUUACUCAUACAUUAAUAGUUACUUGUAUGUCAUUAAACACACUGGUACAUGGUUUCUCUUGGUUAAUAUCUCCAUCUUCUCAUCUGUUAUUCGUGUUUAUUUUUGAUUUUCAUAUUUUAUAAAUGAUGAAUUCACCAUUAAUACAUGAACAACAUGCCAGUUAUUUAGUAGGGCUGGGCAUUUAAUCAAAUUUUAGCUUAAAUCGCAAUAUUACACACUGAAAUUUUCAAAUCGCAGAAGUUUCAAUAUUUCUUUGACCUGAAAUGCUUGUCAAAAUACCAGUUUAAUAAAUGUUUUGCAGCAGAGAUGCUACACUACAUAUCAUGAAUCACUUUGCAAAAAUUCCUGCUUUCCUUCUUUUGUAUGUGUGUCUGAUUCAAAAUGAGAAAAACACAAAAUAAUUGUUCCUAUCUAUACAAUGGUGACUCAAAAGGAUCACAGUUAAAUUGUUUAGCCUUUUUUUAAUCUACCAAAUAUCAUGUUUUUUUUUAAAAAUACAGUGAUUUAUUUUGUUUAUGUUUAGAAGAACACAAGAUGAGGAACUUCAGAAAUAAUCACACUUUAAAUCACAGUUGCAAUAUUGGGGAAAAAUAUUGCAAUAACAUUAUUUUACCAAAAUUGUUUAGCCCUAUUAUUCAGGAGGGGUUCUUCCACAAGAUUAUUGUUAAAUUGUUCGUAAAUGAUUAACAAACUAUUCAGAUGUCUACUGAUGCAUAUUUUACAUCGGUAAUGAUUUAACCACUAUUUUCACUCAUUUUUUAAUCACAAUUAAUUGCAGGCUUUAUUGUAACUUCCCAAAAACUAUGGUUAUUCCACGUUAGCAUCUCCCUGCAGCAACAGUUAUGUCAGUGAUACUCAACGUGUGACUCUUGAGCCACAUGGGGCUCUUUUGUGAUGAUUUGUAGCUCUUUUAUGUCUUAAUUUGAAAUAUUAUUCCCCCAUUUAUAAGUUUAUUUCCCCACAUUUAUACAGUAGGCUUUGUCAACCUUUAUUUCUUGCCAGUAUGUUUCCAUUGGCCUUAUUGCCAUUUUUUUUUCUUUUUUUGCCACUUUUAAUCAAUUUCUCCUUCUUUUAGCAUAUUUUUGCCACUCCUUUUUGCCACUUUAAUCCUGUUUUUGCCCUUUUUCAUCAGUU